AGGGCUGAUGGUGAUCAAGCUGAGGGUCUGUGUGCAGGUUCAUGGUCAGCCAGAGAACAGGGCUAGGGGGAGCCAGGCCAGUGCCAGACGUGUGCCUGGUCAGGAAAAGGGCUUUGGGGACCUCCUGGAUGCGGGCUCCGGGUGCGGGAGCGGCCUCUGUGGCCUCGCUGGCGCUGCUGUGGCUGUUGGGGCUGCCGUGGAUCUGGAGCGCGGCCGCGGCGCUCUGUGUGUACGUGGGCAGCGGCGGCUGGCGCUUCCUGCGCAUCGUCUGCAAGACAGCGAGGCGGGACCUCUUUGGCCUUUCUGUAUUGAUUCGUGUACGCCUGGAGCUGCGAUGGCAUCAGCGUGCUGGCCACACCAUCCCACACAUCUUCCAGGCAGUGGCACAGGGGCAGCCAGAGCGCCUGGCCCUGGUGGAUGCCAGCAGUGGUGUGUCCUGGACCUUUGCACAGUUGAAUACCUACUCCAAUGCUGUGGCCAACCUCUUCCUCCAACUGGGCUUCGUACCGGGAGAUGUGGUGGCAAUCUUCCUGGAGGGCCGGCCAGAGUUUGUGGGGCUGUGGCUGGGCCUGGCCAAGGCAGGCGUGGAGGCUGCACUGCUCAAUGUAAACCUGAGGCGUGAACCCCUGGCCUUCUGCCUGGGCACAUCAGGAGCCAAGGCCCUGAUCUUUGGUGGAGAAAUGGCAGCGGCGGUGGCCGAAGUGAGUGGACAGCUGGGAAAGAGCCUGCUUAAGUUCUGCUCUGGAGACUUGGGGCCAGAGGACAUCUUGCCGGAUACACACCUUCUGGACCCGAUGCUGAAGGAAGCCUCCACCGCCCCUCUGGCACAGCCCCCCAGCAAGGGCAUGGAUGAUCGGCUCUUCUACAUCUAUACGUCGGGGACCACGGGGCUGCCCAAAGCUGCCAUUGUCGUGCAUAGCAGGUACUACCGCAUCGCAGCCUUUGGCCACCACGCCUACCGCAUGCAGGCGACUGACGUGCUCUACGACUGCCUGCCUCUGUAUCACUCGGCAGGGAACAUCAUGGGUGUGGGACAGUGUCUCCUCUACGGGUUGACCGUCGUCCUCCGCAAGAAAUUUUCGGCCAGCCGCUUCUGGGAUGACUGCGUCAAGUACAACUGCACGGUGGUCCAGUACAUCGGGGAAAUCUGCCGCUACUUGCUGAAGCAGCCGGCGCGCGAGGCUGAGAAGCGGCACCUUGUACGCCUGGCAGUGGGCAACGGGCUGCGGCCGGCCAUCUGGGAGGAGUUCACGCAGCGCUUUGGCGUGCGCCAGAUUGGCGAGUUCUACGGGGCCACUGAGUGCAACUGCAGCAUCGCCAACAUGGAUGGCAAGGUCGGUGCCUGUGGCUUCAACAGCCGCAUCCUGCCCCAUGUAUACCCCAUCAAGCUGGUGAAGGUCAAUGAGGACACUAUGGAGCUGCUGCGGGAUGCCCAGGGCCUCUGCAUCCCAUGCCAGGCCGGGGAGCCUGGCCUCCUCGUGGGCCAGAUCAACCAGCAGGACCCACUGCGCCGCUUUGAUGGCUAUGUGAGUGAGAGCGCCACCAGCAAGAAGAUCGCCCACAGUGUCUUCUGCAAGGGUGACAGCGCCUACCUCUCAGGUGAUGUGCUGGUGAUGGAUGAACUUGGCUACAUGUACUUCCGGGACCGCAGUGGGGACACCUUUCGCUGGCGUGGGGAGAAUGUCUCUACCACUGAGGUGGAGAGUGUGCUGAGCCGCUUGCUGGGCCAGACAGAUGUGGCCGUGUAUGGGGUGGCUGUGCCAGGAGUGGAGGGCAAAGCAGGAAUGGCAGCCAUUGCAGACCCACACAGUCAGCUGGACCCCAACGCAGUGUACCAGGAGCUGCAGAAGGUGCUGGCACCCUAUGCCCGGCCCAUAUUCUUGCGUCUCCUGCCCCAGGUGGACACCACAGGGACCUUCAAGAUCCAGAAGACAAGGCUGCAGCGUGAGGCAUUUGAUCCACGGCAGACAUCAGACCAACUCUUCUUCCUGGACCUGAAGAAGGGCCACUACCUGCCCCUGGACGAGGGUGUCUACAGCCGCAUCUGCUCUGGUGCCUAUGCUCUCUAAUACUUCUCUCCUGCCAGCCAGAGACUCCCAACCAGAGCUGUUGGGCAAGGCAGGCUUGAGCUGGACAGCCCUGCCAGGGGGCUACCUCUCUUGCACACCCACCUGGUGGAGCCACACUUGGCCAUCCUGGGGACAAGAAACUGGAAUUUCAGAGGAGCCCAAUUCUCUCUCCUGCCUUUGCACUCCUGUGUUUGUCUGUCUGUGUGCCCUCAUAGCUCCUCUGUCUUCUGUGUCCCUGUCUGGCCUCAUCUCUCCCCUCUUCUCCUUCAUCUUUCCUCUUCUCUCCUGCCAAGAGCAGAGCAAAUGUUUCUUGGGAGCUGCAUCUUCUGCAGGACCCAGCUGCCCUCAGAGCCUCUGUGGGCCAGCACCCACAUGGGGUUUCUCUGCUUCCCUCUUGGCUGUGCCUUAAGGAGCCCAAGCCCUGGCAAGAGUCAUGGUCCUUUGUGAACUCCAAGUAGGCCCUGCACCCUCAGUGCUGAGCAAAGGAGCCAGGGCUGGUAUUCCUGGCUAGCCUGCAUGUGUGGGGGCAUCAGAAAGUGUCCCCCAGGUAACUGGAAAUGUCACCAAGCUGGGCUGAUGGCUUUUUUUUUUUUUUCCACUUCCUUGUUCCUGGUGGGUUUCCCUGGCCCCACCUUUUUCUCCCAAUGCCCUGGAAACUUCCAGAAUUGACUAUGACCACUUGGACAUUGCCACUGCUAGCCCCUGCCUAGACAUCUCCUUUCAGGCAUCUCUGAGGAUUCCUGCUGGAAGGCCUUGAAUGAAGGUUGUACUGCAGGGUGGGGGUGGGGGAGAGGCUGCCUAGCUCACUGCUCACUGUCCCUGGCAAGGGCCUCUUGGCUGUUGCCACCCAGCAUGGGUAUUAGAGGGACCCAUGGCAAUAGCAGUAGUGGGGUUGCGGAAGGUCUCCAGCCCAGGAUGGAAUCUGAGAUUGCCUCAGGUUCUCAGAUAUCCCCACUGGCUGUGCUACUGAUGGCUUAGACCCUAUAUUGGUGGUGAUAUCCUGGACAAUCCCACCAGGAUGAUUCAGACACAUCCCCAUCAGCCAUGUUGGUGGCUUUUUUUUUUUUGAGACAGAGUCUCAUUAUGUUCCCCUUGGUAGAGUGCCAUGGCAGCACAGCUCACAGCAACCUCAAACUCUUGGGCUUAAGUGAUUCUCUUAGAAUCACUCCCAAGUAGCCUCCCAAGUAGCUGGGACUACAGGUGCCCACCGCAAUGCUUGGCUAUUUUUUUGUUGUAGUUGUCAUUGUUGUUUUAGCUGGUCUGGGCUGAGUUUGAACCCACCAGCCUUGGUGUAUGUGUGCUAUGGGCGCUGAGCUGCAUGUGGGUGGCUUAUCUGCUCAUCUCAGACCCUGUGCCAGCCUCUCUUGGAGCCAGCCACCCAGAGUGCCUGUCUGUUUUCUCGGCAGCACUGCCUCUUGGAUUGUGGAGCUGGUAGUGAGUGACCCUCUGGUGUCACUCAGACCUUUCCAAGCACUGAGGUUUUAUUUUAUAAUUGGUUUCAAGAAAUAAACCUGCAGAGCUUUUGGCAACUGCUGGGUGCCUAGUCAUUUAUUGUCUGUCCCCAUGUGAUGCAAAACUCUUGCAGAGUUUCAGGAGGCAUGACAGGAUGGGCUCCCACCAGGAGCUCAGCCUGCCAAACUCAAGUCAGACACAAAUGGGGGGCCAGCCCACCUGCAAAACUGGGGGGCCUUUGGGAAAGAGGAUGUGGGUUAGUGGGAUCACCACCCUCCCAUAGCAGUCCUGUGAUGGCUUCAGUGGUUCCAGAGGGGGUAUAGCCCAUCUGCCUUUGAGUUCCUGCAGGUGCUGUAGGAAGGCCCAGAUCAGAGUGUGUGUUCUGGCGCAUCUGGCUGUGCCUCCGUGUACCAGCAAGCUGGUGCUGUCAGUGAGAAUUGCUGGGCCUGCCCCAAAGGCCAUCAGAGCUGGGAUUUGAACCUAGAACAUAUAGAUCUGGAGUCUAUAUGUAGUUCCCCCUAUCCAUGAAGGAUGUAAGCUAAGACCCCCAGGGGAUAUCUGAAACCAAGAAUAGUAUUAACUCCUAUAUACAUUAUGUUUUUUUUUAAUCUAAUAACUGAGAUGGUUAAAGUGACUAACUGGUGGGUAGUGUAGACAAAUGGAUGCACUGGAAAAAAGGAAGCUGGAUGGAGAUAAUUCAUCAUGUUGUAACAGCAUACAAUUUAAAAAAUGAAUUGUUGGCUGGAUGGUUCACACUUGUAAUCCCAGCAUUUUUAGAAGCUGAAGCAGAAGCAUCACUUGAAGCUGAGAGUUUGAGACCAGCCUGGGCAACAUAGCAUGAUCUCAUCUUUAAAAAAAAUAGAAGGCUGGGUGUGGUGGUUCACGCCUGUAAUCCUAGCACUCUGAGAGGCCAAAGCAGGUGAAGAAGUUUGAGACUAGCCUGAGCAAGACUGAAACCCUGUCUCUAAAAAAAAAAAAAAUGUUGGGCAUUGUGGUGGGUGCCUGUAGUCCCAGCUACUUGGGAGGCUAAGGCCAGAGCAUCACUUUAGCCCAAGAAUUUGAAAUUGCUGUGAGCUAUGAUGCCACAGCACUCUACUGAGGGUGACAGAAUGAGACUCUGUGUCAAAUAAAUAAAUAGAUUAAAUAAAUAAACAGAAAAAUUAGACAGGUGUGGUAGUGUGUGCACCUGUAAUCGCAGGUACUCAAGAGGGUGAGGCAGGAGGAUCGCUUGAGGUUGCUGUGAGCUAUGAUAAUGCCACUAUAUUCCAGCCUGGGUGACAGAGCAGGUCUGUCUCAAAAAACAAAAGCAAACUCCCCUUUGGAUUGAUGAGAAAAAUACUCCUAAAGACUUUCUGAUGGACCUCAGUUAGUUUUUUUUUUUUUUUAACUUAAUAGACCUUAUUUUUAUUUUAUUUUUCUAGAGAAAGGGGGUGUUAUUAUGUUGCCCAGCUAGCUGGGAACUCCAUGGCCAAGUGAUCCUCUUGGGGUCCUCUUGAUCCUGAGUACCUGAGUAGCUGGGUCUACACCCAGCUAGACAUUAUUAUUAUUAUUUUAGAGUACUUGCAAGUUUGCAGGAAAAUGAGAGAAAAGUGUAGAGUGCUUCCAUAUAUCCUCUUGGUACAACUGUUUCCUCUAUCAUGAACAUUUUGCUUUAGUGUGGUAUCCUUGUUACAGGUGAACCCAAACUGAUACAUUAUUAUUAGGUCAAGUACAGAGUUUUCAUAAGGGUUUACUUUUGGACUGGUUCUUCAUGUUGCCUGGAGUUUUCUGCUGAUUCUUCCUCAUAGGUGAUUUCUUUUAUCUGUUUCCUUGCCCUAAUUUUCCUUUCACUUCCUCUUGCUCUUUAAGUUCUCAUGCCUGUGGACUAAGGGUUACAGGACCAGAAGGGUGAGAAGGUUGAAGAGCAAAAAAGGGAUGAAAGAAAGGAGGACCGAGUGAUAAGAAAAAAAAAAGAAAAAUAGAGAAAGGAGAGGGGGUGGGUAAAAGGAAUAUUGACAAAAGAAGAGAGGCACAGAAAGAGGGAGACAGAGCAAUAUAGGUGUACAGUAGGGUACUUUGAUACAACCUUAAAAAAAAACCACCUUCUGGGGGUGCCCAGUUGGGUGGUUCCCUUGAGGUCAGCAGCUCUUUGCUAACCUGAUCAGACACAGUACCCCACCUCCACCAAGUAGAGAGGAAAGACAAAAAUGCUAUAAAUCAAACCAAAACAAGCAAACAGAAAACUUUACGGGAUAAAAUUGGCUGGAAAAAACAAAUAAUAGCGGUAGAAACACUAACAAAAAUGAAGUUCUAAUUAUUGAAAUAGGCAGCAAUGGGAAAUUAUAAUUAAACUAGAAAAAUUGAGAAAGAAAAAGGAUCUGUA